AAUGCUUGUGGCUGAGUUCUGUACAUGGCCCGGUGCUGGAAGGGCAGGGAACAACCGAUGUUGCUAUUUUGAAUAGAUUUUUCUUCCCCCCCCCUUUUUAUUUUUGCACAGAGAGUCUCAUGUCUAAUAUUUAGACAUGAUGAGCUUUGUGCAAAAAGUAACUUUGCUCAUUCUUGCCGUGUUUCAACCCUCAGUUAUUUUGGCACAACAAGACGUCAUAGGAUGUACCCAUCUUGGGCAGGUUUACGCUGACAGGGAUGUUUGGAAGCCAGAGCCAUGCCAAAUCUGUGUGUGCGACUCAGGAUCUGUUCUCUGUGAUGACAUCAUCUGUGAUGACCAGGAGCUGGACUGUCCCAACCCAGAGAUUCCCUUUGGAGAGUGCUGUCCAGUUUGUCCACAAACAACACCACAACCUACAAGAGUUCCUGGAGUAACCCAAGGCCCCAAAGGAGACCCUGGUCCUCCUGGGGUUCCAGGCAGAAAUGGUUCCCCUGGCCCUCCGGGACAACCGGGGAGUCCUGGAGCUCCUGGCCCUCCCGGGGUCUGCCAGUCGUGUCCCAGCAUAAGCGGAGGCAGUUUUUCUCCACAGUAUGACUCCUAUGAUGUGAAGGCCGGUUCCGUUGGUAUUGGUUACCCACCGCAGCCCAUUAGUGGCUUUCCAGGACCCCCUGGCCCCAGUGGCCCCCCUGGCCCGCCUGGUCAUGCAGGUCCCCCUGGCUCUGCUGGAUACCAAGGUUCCCCCGGAGAACCAGGGCAACCUGGCCCUCCUGGACCUCCAGGACCUGUUGGAAUGAUAGGCCCAGCUGGUCCACCAGGAAAAGAUGGAGAACCAGGAAGACCAGGCAGACAUGGAGACCGUGGAAUCCCUGGAAUACCGGGUCACAAGGGACACCCUGGAAUGCCUGGGGUGCCUGGGAUGAAAGGUCAACGAGGUUUUGAUGGAAAAGACGGUGCCAAAGGUGACAGUGGUGCUCCUGGUCCAAAGGGUGAAACUGGUCUUCCUGGAGCAGCUGGGGUACCAGGCCAACCGGGACCAAGAGGUCCAACUGGUGAAAGAGGAAGACCCGGGAGUCCUGGUGGCCCUGGUGCCCAUGGCAAAGAUGGAUCUCCAGGAGCAGCAGGCCCACCUGGUCCCCCAGGUCCCCCUGGAACUGCAGGAUUUCCAGGCUCUCCAGGUUUUAAGGGUGAAGCUGGUCCUCCUGGUCCUGCUGGUUCUAGUGGUAGCCCUGGAGAGAGAGGAGAACCUGGUCCUCAGGGUCAUGCUGGGCCACCUGGGCCUCAGGGCCCUCCUGGAAGAGCUGGAAGCCCUGGUGGCAAGGGUGAAAUGGGACCUUCUGGCAUUCCUGGUGCACCUGGUCUGCCAGGAGGCCGUGGUCUUCCUGGUCCUCCAGGUACAAGCGGAACCCCUGGAGCAAAAGGCCCUCCGGGUGAACCUGGUAAGAAUGGUGCAAAAGGAGAUCCAGGCCCAAAAGGCGACCGUGGUGAAAACGGCACCCCAGGUGCUCCUGGACCUCCCGGUGAGGAAGGCAAAAGAGGCGCAAACGGCGAACCCGGCCAGAACGGCAUCCCUGGCACGCCUGGAGAAAGGGGCUCCCCUGGUUUCCGUGGCUUACCUGGUAGCAAUGGGCUUCCCGGUGAAAAGGGUCCUGCAGGUGAACGUGGUAGCCCAGGUCCUCCUGGCCCUAGUGGACCCGCAGGAGAGCGUGGACAGGAUGGAGGCCCAGGGCUUCCUGGAAUAAGAGGUUUGCCCGGAAUCCCAGGAAGCCCUGGAAGCGAUGGGAAACCUGGCCCUCCAGGUAGUCAGGGUGACUCUGGCCGCCCUGGUCCACCUGGUCCCUCAGGCCCACGUGGUCAACCAGGUGUAAUGGGUUUCCCUGGUCCUAAGGGCAAUGAGGGUGCGCCAGGUAAGAAUGGAGAAAGAGGCCCUGGUGGACCACCUGGAACACCUGGUCCUGCUGGGAAGAAUGGUGAUGUUGGCCUCCCAGGUCCUCCUGGGCCUGCUGGUGCUCCUGGGGAGAGAGGAGAACCAGGAGCAUCAGGUCCACCAGGCCUCCAGGGAUUGCCUGGUGGACCAGGACCAGCUGGAGAGAAUGGAAAGCCUGGAGAACCAGGGCCAAAAGGUGAUAUUGGAGGGCCAGGAUUCCCAGGCCCUAAGGGUGAAAAUGGUAUCCCAGGUGAACGUGGUGCACAGGGUGCCCCAGGACCUCCUGGAGCAAGAGGUGGCCCAGGCCCUGCUGGCUCAGAAGGUGCCAAGGGUCCUCCUGGCCCCCCUGGUCCCCCUGGAGGCACAGGGCUGCCUGGCUUACAGGGAAUGCCAGGAGAAAGAGGCGCUUCCGGAAGCCCUGGGCCAAAAGGGGAUAAGGGAGAACCUGGUGGCAAAGGUGCUGAUGGCAUUCCUGGUGCAAGAGGAGAGAGAGGUAAUGUAGGUCCCAUCGGUCCUCCUGGUCCUGCCGGCCCACCUGGAGAUAAGGGAGAGACUGGUCCAGCAGGUGCUCCUGGUCCAAUGGGUUCCCGUGGUGGUCCUGGUGAACGAGGAGAACAAGGUCUUCCUGGACCUGCUGGCUUCCCUGGAGCUCCAGGCCAGAAUGGAGAACCUGGUGGGAAAGGAGAAAGAGGCCCACCUGGUCUAAGAGGAGAGGCUGGACCCCCUGGAGCUGCAGGUCCACAAGGUGGUCCUGGUGCACCAGGUCCACCUGGUCCCCAAGGAACAAAAGGAGAACGUGGAUCUCCUGGAGGCCCUGGUGCUGCUGGUUUCCCUGGUGCUCGUGGUCUACCUGGUCCCCCUGGUAGCAAUGGCAGUCCAGGUCCCCCUGGUAAUGCAGGACCUGCAGGCAAAGAUGGGCCUCCUGGACCCCCUGGUAGUACCGGUGGUCCUGGCAGCCCGGGACCUGCUGGAACAAGAGGUGAGCCUGGCCCGCCAGGCGAAAAAGGGUCACCAGGCGCACGAGGAGAAAGGGGGGCACCAGGUGAACCAGGUCCUCAAGGCAUCGUUGGUGGCCGGGGUAGCACAGGUUUGCCAGGUCUGCGUGGCCCGAGUGGCCCCCCCGGUAUGGCGGGUGCCAAGGGUGAAGAUGGUAAACCAGGCACGAACGGUAUCCCAGGAGAACGCGGUGCUCCUGGGCCACAAGGUCCUAUUGGACAGAGAGGCUUACCUGGAGAGCCUGGCAGAGAUGGUAACCCUGGCUCAGAUGGCUCACCUGGACGUGAUGGAUCCCCAGGAGGCAAAGGUGACCGUGGUGAAAGUGGCUCUCCUGGCCCUCCAGGACCUCCUGGUCACCCUGGACCUGCAGGUAGCAGUGGUACACCUGGAAAAGCUGGUGAAAGAGGAUUUCAGGGUCCACCUGGCCCUCCUGGCUCUACCGGUCCUGCUGGUACUCGUGGUCCUGUUGGUCCUCAAGGUCCUCGUGGUGACAAAGGUGAACCUGGUGAACGAGGCAGCAUUGGCAUAAAGGGUCAUAGAGGGUUUCCUGGUACUCCCGGUCUCCCUGGUCCUCCUGGUCCCCUGGGUCCACAAGGUGCAAUUGGAAGUCCAGGAGCUUCAGGUGCCAGGGGUCCCCCAGGACCAGCUGGGCAGCCUGGAAAAGAUGGUAGAGGUGGCUACCCAGGUCCAAUCGGUCCUCCUGGCCCCCGUGGUAACAGAGGUGACAGUGGCCCUGCAGGUCCACCAGGCCAGCCUGGUCCUUCUGGUCCCCCUGGUCCUCCUGGUCCAUGUUGUGGUGGCGUGGCUUCCCUGGGUGGUGCUGAAAAAGGUCCAGUGGGCUAUGGGUAUGAAUAUCGAGAUGAGCCAAAAGAAAAUGAUAUCAAUCUGGGUGACAUCAUAUCUUCAAUGAAAUCAAUUAACAACCAGAUUGAAAAUAUCAUUAGUCCUGAUGGGUCACAGAAGAAUCCAGCUCGUAACUGCAGAGAUCUGAAAUUCUGCCAUCCUGAGCUCAAAAGUGGAGAGUACUGGAUUGAUCCUAACCAAGGCUGCAAAAUGGAUGCUAUUAAAGUAUACUGCAAUAUGGAAACUGGUGAGACAUGCCUCAGUGCUAACCCCAGCACUGUGCCGAGGAAAAACUGGUGGACCAGCGAAAGCAGUGGAAAGAAACACAUUUGGUUUGGAGAAUCUAUGAAUGGAGGCUUUCAGUUCAGCUACGGCGAUCCUGAGCUUCCAGAGGAUGUCUCAGAAGUUCAGCUGGCCUUCCUCCGCAUCCUCUCUAGCCGUGCCUCCCAGAACAUCACCUACCACUGCAAGAACAGCAUCGCCUACAUGGAUCAAGCCAGUGGAAAUGUUAAAAAAGCUCUGAAACUGAUGAGCUCUGUGGAAAGUGAGAUCAAGGCUGAAGGAAACAGCAGGUUCACAUAUGCUGUUCUGGAAGAUGGCUGUACUAAACACACUGGUGAAUGGGGUAAAACAGUCUUUGAAUACAGGACGCGCAAGACAAUGAGGUUGCCUGUGGUUGAUAUUGCACCCAUAGAUAUUGGUGGUCCUGAUCAGGAAUUUGGUGUGGACAUUGGCCCGGUCUGCUUCUUGUAAAUCAAAGAUUCUGCUCUUUCUGAAAUCCCAGCAAACAGAUUCACACUCCAACUGUGCUCCUUUGUUUUAGCCUUGUCAGCUAUUACAGGUGACCAUCUGUAUCCCAGUUAUUUAUUAACAAAAUUUCUGGGGGAAAAAUAAAUUUGAGAUCAAGGGUUGGUUUUGGGUUUGUUUUUGUUUUUUUUUUUUUUUUUGCUAUUACACAAAGUACAGUAAAAAUGCUUUUUUUGCUCUAUUUUUUUUUACCAAAUUCCAUCUUCAAAACAUGUCUCCGUGGUGCUAUAAUACAACUUCAACACUUAAUAAAACAACACUGUGUUCUAUUAGUUGAAUGUUAGCCAAUUUAUAAAGCACUGAUUGCUCCCAGUACCAAAGUUUACCCUCCUUUCUAAGAUGCAGUCCAUAAAGCUAAAAAGACCUCCCUGUUUCAACUACCUCAACAUGGACAGAAACUGGGAUGUGUCUGAUGAGUCAAACCAAAAAUCCAAACAAAUCAGUCAAAACACCUUGGACCCAUCGGUCAAUUCAGUGGAAUCAUUUGGUAUAAAAUUGUCUAUUUCUGUACUGAUUAGCUGUGAAAAAGUACAGUGUCUUUUAAGAGUUCAAUACCUUAAUGUCAGUAGUCACCAUAAGUUUAUUGUUGGAUUGUAUUCUGUUAUCAAAGGUGCUUCUCUACUUUCCUGUCGUUGCUGGUCAAGACCACUAAAAUUAGGGAAGUGUAAAAGACUAAUAUGAUGGUGCUAAUGUAUUUUUCACUCCUAACUCUGCAAGUCGGGGUUAUUGACUUGCUUUAAAAAGAAAAAGAAAAAAAAAAAAACAACAAAUGAUUUAAAGCAAUUGUAAAUGUCUCCUGUCAAAGAUCAGCAUUGGCAUGUCCUAGUUGAGAACUUUCUCCCUUCACUCUGUAAAAUCAAUAAAGAUGCAAAAUUGUGAACUUCUUCUGUCACGUUAACACAUUUAUAGUGUUGAAGGUUAACCAUCUUUGUAAGCUUUUAUAUGGUUGUUGGUCUAUUCCUUACAGAGACACAUAAUAAAAUAUCUUAAUAAAACUCCUUGUUUCAUAAAA